AUGAACGGUCACUCUGAUACGGAAUUCUCUGCCUCGCCAGUACCGGAUCUUUGGAUCACCGGCAUCGGCUCGCAGUAUCCUCCGUAUUUAAUCCCACCAGAGACAUUUGUGAAUUAUGCCAAAAGAUUCCACGAUGUGGAGAAACCAGUACUCGCGAGAUUGCUCAAGCUCACAAUGACCAGCGGGAUUGAGACACGUGCUUCCACGAUGGAUUUUGAGACCGGGUUCGGCUGCCAUACGGAGAUCCCGACCAUCGAUCAGCUUGAUGCGCGGUUCCGCAAGGUGGGUGUUGAUUUGACGGUCCAGGCCUGUCGAAAAGCUUUGCGUGACUGGGGUGGCAAUGCGGAAGAUAUCACGCAUGUCAUAGGAGUCACCGUAGGCACCUUAAGCCUCCCCGGCUACGACUAUUUAGUAGCCCGCAAGCUUGGGCUGGGCUACCACGUUGAGAACAUGUUCCUCAAUGGCAUUGGCUGCGCGGGGAGCGUGGCGUUGAUGCGUGUAGCCGGCAACAUCGCCACAGCGGCGGCAGCCAGGAAAAGGCCUGCUCGUAUCCUUUGCUUUGCCUCAGAAGUCUGCACUAUGUAUUUGAGACACCAGUACGCCGAAGCCGAGGCGUCUUCUGACCUUGAGAACAUGGACAUAGCAGGCGCUAUAUUUGGCGACGCUGCAUCUGCCUUCGUUCUGUGCAACGAAUACGGAUUGGAUGACCCUGAGCAAGCCAAAUUUCAAUUGCUCGAAUGGGAGCGCAUGACGGUGCCAGAAACAAUACACCACAUGGGUGCCAUGGUCAAAACUACCGGCUUCACAAGCAUCAUUACCAAACAAGUCCCAGAUAUCACAAAAAGUGCGGUCCAGCCCUUAUGGAAUAGACUUCUGCCUUCUUACCGUGAGAAGGUCGGUCUUCCUACACUGAAGGUUUCCGACUUCGACUGGGCGCUACAUCCGGGCGGCGAAACAAUCAUCAACAAUGUCAAGGACAGCAUGUCGUUGACAGAAGAGCAGCUUAGGGCCACUCGGCAAAUUUACAAAACUAGAGGAAAUACCGGAAGCCCAACGGCUAUUUGUGUGCUUGACCUGCUAAGAAACAUGGGGCCAGGAAGUGACCAUGUGGUUGCGACCAGCUUUGGGCCAGGCUUAGCUAGUGAGAUGGCUUUUUUGAGGCGCUGUCGACCUGAAGAAUAA